CAAAAAUCUAAAAAAGUUGCCUAAAAAGGAAAGAAUAUGUGAAUGAUGAAACUCCAUUGUCUUGCCAAAUAGAAAAUAAACUAAGGAUAUGAAAAUCAUGGUUAAAAUUAUUAUUAUUAUUAUUAUUAGUGUUUAAGAUAAAAAAAAAAAACAGUGUUAUGUAAUGUUACGCUGCCCCUCCAUUACUUCACAGGCUGUGAAGAGGCCCUCGAAAUUCGUGUUGAAACCCGACACUUGCAGAUAACUCCAAUCUUUCCCCCAUGUGGGAUUUUCUCUCUCCUCUCUCUCUCUCUCCUCUCUCCUCUUUCUCUCUCUAACUGCUCAACUAAUUAGUUAUGCUGCUCUGUUCAUGAUCCCUGUUCUCACUCUCUCUUCACUCUUCGCCCAUUAAUUCUUUCUCCAAAUUUCAGUUUUUUUCUUUUUUCUAAAAAUGUGGGAUUCAGAAACAGAAUCUGUAGGAGGAGGGAGAGAUUACUGCAAUGGCGGCGGCGGCGGCGGAGGACUCUCUUCCACCAACAAACCUCGUGUCGAAACAGAUGGAUUUGAGCAAAGAGGCCAAUCCUGGUACGUUGCUACUGAUAUUCCCAGUGAUCUCUCCGUUCAGAUUCAAGAUGUCGGCUUCCAUCUCCACAAGUACCCACUUCUUUCUCGGAGUGGGAAGAUGAACAGGGUAAUAUACGAAUCGCGAGAAAUUGAGCUGAAUAAAGUUGCCCUAGAUGAUCUCCCCGGCGGCCCCGAGGCUUUCGAGCUCGCCGCCAAGUUCUGCUACGGCGUCGCCGUCGAUCUCUCCGCCACCAACAUCUCCGGCCUCCGAUGCGCCGCUGAGUAUCUCGAAAUGACGGAGGAUUUAGAGGAAGGUAACCUAAUUUUCAAAACCGAAGCUUUCCUAAGCUACGUCGUUUUGUCCUCCUGGAGAGAUUCGAUCGUCGUUUUGAAAAGCUGCGAGAAGCUCUCCCCAUGGGCGGAGAAUCUCCAGAUCGUCCGCCGCUGCAGCGAAUCGAUCGCCUGGAAAGCGUGCGCAAACCCUAAAGGAAUCAAAUGGCAGUACACGGGUCGACCCGCCCGGUCAGUUUCCAGCCCUAAAUGGAACGAUAUGAAGGAUUCGAGCCCUAGCCGGAACGGAACCCCCGUCCCCUCCGAUUGGUGGUUCGAGGACGUCUCGAUUCUGCGGAUCGACCAUUUUGUUAGGGUAAUUACGGCGAUCAAGGUCAAAGGCAUGCGCUACGAGCUGAUCGGCGCCGCCAUCACACACUACGCGAACAAGUGGCUCCCCAAUCUGGCCAAAGACGGCGGCGACGGCGGCGGAGAUGGAGUCGGCGGCGGCGGGGACAGCUGGCAGAAGGGCGGGGGUCUGCACAUGAUAAUCGCCGCCGGGAACAACAAGGACGAGAGCUUUCUGCCGGCGGCGAUGCAGGCGAAGGACCAGAGGAUGAUCGUGGAGAGCCUGAUCAGCAUAAUCCCGCCGCAGCGGGACUGCGUGUCGUGCAGCUUCCUCCUCCGGCUGCUGAAGACCGCCAACAUGUCGAAGGUGGCGCCGGCGCUGGUGACGGAGCUGGAGAAGCGGGUCGGGAUGCAGCUGGAGCAGGCGGCGCUGGCGGAUCUACUGAUACCCUGCUACAGCAAGAGCGAGGGUUUGAUGUAUGACGUGGACCUCGUCCAGAGGCUUCUGGAACAUUUCCUGGUGCAGGAGCAGACGGAGGGGUCGAGCCCUAGCCGGCAGUCGUUCUCGGAGAUGAAGAUGUACGACGGCGCUCAGAGAGGGGUCAAUUUGAGCGCCAAAUUGAGGGUGGCGAGGCUUCUCGAUGGGUACCUCACGGAAGUUUCCAGAGACCGGAACUUGUCGCUGACGAAGUUUCAGGUUCUGGCGGAGGCGUUGCCGGAAUCUUCUAGAAGCUGCCAUGAUGGCCUGUACAGGGCGGUUGAUUCUUAUCUUAAGGCACAUCCAACUCUUACAGAACACGAGAGGAAGAGGCUAUGCCGAGUAAUGGACUGUCAAAAACUCUCGAUCGAUGCAUGCAUGCACGCAGCCCAAAACGAGCGACUCCCACUACGAAUAGUAGUCCAAGUCCUCUUCUCCGAACAAGUCAAAAUAAGCAACGCAAUAGCCAACACAUCCUUAAAAGACGACGGUGAAUCGCAUUACCAGCCUUUGGUAUCCAAUCGAAAGACAUUACUCGAAGGAACUCCUCAAUCAUUUCAAGAAGGGUGGGCCAGCGCGAAAAAAGACAUAAAUACCCUCAAAUUCGAACUCGAGAGUGUGAAGGCGAAAUAUUCGGAGCUACAAAACGAUAUGGAUACUUUGCAGAGACAGUUCGAUAAGAUCACGAAGGUGAAACAAACGACGACUUCGUCGGGUUCGGCUUGGAGCAGUGGGUGGAAGAAGCUGAGCAAGCUGACUAAGGUUACGGAAACUAAUGACGUUGGAUCGCACGUCGCAAAUGCUGAUGUCAUUAAAAAGGCUCCUAGAAGGUGGAGGAACUCUAUUUCUUGAAGCUUCAACUUAUAUUAAUUGUUCUAAGGUUUUCUUUUCUUUUUUUUCUUUUUUUUCCUUGAUAUAUUUGUUGAGGUUUUUCGGGAGGAUUGUUUAAUUUUUUAUGUAACUUUGUUGCUAUUGGUUUUUUUUUUUACUUGUCUUAUCUCUUCGGAAGAUAUAUAUCAAGUUUGUGUAUCUUUUUUCUUUUUAUCAAGAUUUUCUUUUAUCCAACUCUAUUAAACAUUAAAUCUCUGUUAUCACCUCA